AUGUCUUGGUGGAGGCCCUUAACGAAGCAGAUGCUGCUGAAACUCUCACAGCAUCCCGCCGUCGCCAGGUACGCACGUCAGGGAAUGAACUACGUGAAGAGUCACCCGUCGGGCAUAAAAAUAUCCACCGCGAUGUCCAACUCGUGGGGAGAGCUAAAGAACCGUGUCGGGUCGUCUGCUUCAGCCUUUCACAGGUCAGGCUUUGAGGGCAGCAGGAGGAAAGGCGGAUACGCCACACAAGUUCUCAGCAUGUGGAGCAAGUAUAAGGGACGUGUUCUUUCAUUUAUUGCCGUGAAUUUCAUGGGGCUUGUGUUUUUGUUCCAGUUUGGAUCCGCGCUGUGGCCGAUGUUCAAGCAUUUUGUAGCAAGCCUUUUUACGGAGCCGGAGAAGAAGAUCAAGAAACGUGAGGGCCCUCCUCGCGCCAUCAAGGCCUAUGCGACUGCUGCCGACGAAGUUGGAGGGAAAGAAAAACAGCCCGUUCUCCACCAUCAUGAGGUGAAGGAGAAGCAGAAACCAGAGGAGAAGCAACUUGAUGGGUCGGAAAAUUUGGAACGAUUCUCAUUUGUGUUCUCUGAAGGUACCGACGCUUACGCCAAGGAGUCCAUGCGGCGCCUGGAGCGCGACGUGUUUGGCGACGUUGCGAAGCCUGAUUUUUCCACCUCCUUCAAAUUUCGCAUGAGCGAGGACGAGGAGUUCAGGCCAUCUGUGAAGAAGUAA